AUGUCAAAUCCUCUCAAAAUAGUAAUAAAAAAAAUAUAUAAAGUAUUACCUUAUGUAGCUCCAGAAGUUUUAAGAGGAAAUGAAUCUACUCAUAAAAGUGAUAUUUAUGGAUUUGGAAUCAUUGCAUAUGAAAUUUGUACAGGUUUCCCUCUUUAUUAUGAUAUAGCUCAUGAUGAAUUCUUGGCAAUGAAAAUUUGUAAGGGAUUGAGGCCAAAGUCUAAUUAUAAAAUUCCUAAAUUUAUUUUUGACAUUAUUAAUCAAUGUUGGGAUGCAGACCCUUUAAAACGACCUAAUGCAGAUGAAUUAACUAAUUUAUUUUAUGAAUUAUUUAUUAAGCUUCAUAAUAGUGAAGUGGAUUCUGUAAUUUAUAGACAAGUUAAAGAAGCAGAUGAAAUUAACAAAAAGUCAUCUUCAACAUUUCAGUCACCAUUAUCAUCUACUAGUACACUCUCAUAUAUAACACAUCCUCAAGCAGUUUACACAAGUAGACUUUUAGAUUUUAAAAAUCUUCCAGAACCUGAAAAUGCAGACAAAAAUGAUGAUCUAGAAUAUUCAAGUAAACAUAUAUAG